GUAAUAAUAAAAUUAUUCCACAAACAAAUUUAGAAUGCUUCACAUACACACAUUUUAUUUGGCUUUACAUACACACAUUCCCACUUUCCCCUAAUUCACUAUUGUCACAGUUGAGUGAACUUGCCCUUAUAGUGAACAUAUUUUUUGAAAUUAGAUAAAUUUCUGAUUAGAUAAAUAAGGAAAUGUUCAAUUUGGGGAAGGGGGAAGAAAGAGAAAAACAACUACUGUUGUUUUGAAAUAAAAAUUCACUUUUUCAUAUUGCCAUUUAUUAGAGGAUUCAAAAGACAGGUUUGUGUUUUGAAGGUUUAUAAAAUCAGUUUGUUUUGUCUCCAGUUUAAACAAGAACCAGAUGACUGGUUGGAGUAUCCUCUUCAGACAUCCACGGCACUGGGUGAGCCCAGCACCUUGAAAAGUGGGGUGAAAGAGGAAGAUAAUGAAGAGGAGCCGAAGACUACAGUCGCAGUUUUCCUCCAGCCUCGUACUGACACCAAUGACAAUGUUGUGGAGGACACCAGGGUGAGUCGAAAUGAGCAAGGAGAUUCCCACCGUCAAGGAGAAGGCGCCGGGGUGUACUUCGUGCGUUUCGCCAACCCAAGGGAAGCAGAGCACUACUUUCAGAUGCAUCCCGAGGUGACUCUGUAUCAACGUCCCUCUUGUGCAGGGGACCAUACGGGUGGACCUUCUGUGGUGGUUGGCACGGGUAAGGACAUCACAUUUUAG